AAUAUCUGACAAAACCCUAGCUCCAUUUAAUCUUCGUAUAAAAACUCUCUUUGACGGGGAUCGCUGCUACGCAAAUCGAAGAGCUGCAACAAUGUCGAAGCGAGGACGUGGAGGUACCUCCGGGAACAAGUUCAGGAUGUCACUGGGUCUGCCAGUGGCAGCCACGGUGAACUGUGCGGACAACACUGGGGCCAAGAACCUCUACAUCAUUUCCGUGAAAGGAAUCAAGGGUCGUCUCAACCGUCUCCCAUCGGCUUGCGUGGGUGAUAUGGUCAUGGCCACCGUCAAGAAGGGGAAACCCGACCUAAGGAAGAAGGUGCUACCGGCUGUCAUAGUGAGGCAGCGCAAGCCUUGGCGCCGAAAGGAUGGUGUCUUCAUGUACUUUGAAGACAAUGCUGGUGUGAUUGUCAAUCCCAAGGGUGAAAUGAAAGGAUCUGCGAUUACGGGACCGAUAGGGAAGGAGUGUGCUGACCUCUGGCCUAGGAUCGCCAGUGCUGCCAAUGCUAUCGUUUAAAUUCACUUUUGCCUCUUGUUUUUUUUUUUGGACAAUUUCUUAUUUCUGUUGUCGGGAUUCCAUUUCUUACUGCAACUGGUUCAAAAUUUUGUUCUGAAACUUGGAUCUUUGUUUCGUCUCUUUAAUAUCAGAAAAUUAUGUUGGGCGAAGUUUUCA